AUGCCUGCACGACCUCUGAUACAGGCACGGGCCCUAUUGCGGUACACCAGGCCCAGCGGCGGCGCCUCCAAAGCCCGUGUACCUGCACUUGUACCCCCUACAGCUGCUCUCCAUUACCGAGGCUAUAGCGUCUCCUCCAAACUGCUUGCUUCUUCCUCUUCCUCUUCCUCAUCCUCUACUUCAGCAUCAAAUUCCACUCCUGAUCCGGGGGCAUCGCAAGGCUGGUCUAGCGGGACUCUCUUGGCCGUCGCUGCAGCAGCGGCUGUGAGUGGUUGGGGAAUCUCAAGCCUCGUUUCUGGUCAAAGCCACAACGGCCCCCAAAUCAAGGCUAAGAGCAAGAACAAGAAAGCCAAGGAUGAUGAAGACAAUGACAGUGAUGACAAUGGAGCAGAGAAACGAAAGCAUGAUGGCUUUCUGAAAGUGGCUAAUGAAGAUGAGGAAAUUGGCUUUGCCAACCGUACUGAGAUGAAGGAGGCCAUAUCAGACAUCGUUUGGGAGCUUGGGAAUGAAAAGGACAUUAUAUCUACAGACCCAGACGAUUUGCAUGCCCAUGGCUACUCUAGCUGGUCUAGUGUCAACCCAGAUGAACUGCCUGUAGCCGUGGCAUAUCCUCGAAACACUGAGCAGGUUGCCACCAUUGUCCGAGUCUGUCACCGCCACCGUGUUCCUGUCGUUGCUUACUCUGGAGGUACUAGUCUCGAGGGUAACUUCUCGGCUCCUUAUGGAGGCGUUAGCAUCGACUUUGCCUACAUGAACAACAUUAUCCAGGUCAACAAGGACGACAUGGACGUGGUUGUGCAGCCCAGCGUCGGAUGGCGAGAUCUGAAUACUGAGCUCGAAAAGCAGGGCACUGGUCUCUUUUUCCCUGUUGAUCCCGGCCCAACCGCAAAGAUUGGCGGCAUGAUUGGCACCAACUGCUCGGGAACAAAUGCAGUGAGAUACGGCACCAUGAAGGACUGGGUCAUCAACUUGACUGUUGUCUUGUCUGAUGGCCAAAUCAUCAAGACGAGACGGCGACCGCGCAAGUCGUCUGCAGGAUACAACCUCAACAGCCUGUUUGUGGGCUCCGAGGGCACGCUGGGCAUUGUCACCGAGGCAACCCUGAAACUAGCCGUUAUCCCAGAGCAGACGUCUGUAGCCGUUGUCAACUUCCCCAGCAUCCGCCACGCCGCAUCGGCAGCUGCGAGCGUAAUGCAAGCCGCCAUCCCAGUGCAGUGUCUCGAGAUUAUGGAUGAAGUGCAGAUGCGAGUCGUCAAUCUGAGCGGUUUCACCUCGCCCCGAGUCUGGGUCGAGAAGCCGACGCUCUUCUUCAAGUUUGCAGGCACCAAAGCUGCCGUCCAGGAGCACAUCAAGCUGGUAGAAAAGAUUACAGAAGCCAACAAGGGUGGCGAUUUUGAGUUUGCAAAGGACAAACAGGAGCAAGAGCUGCUCUGGUCCGCUAGAAAAGAGUCUCUGUGGUCGAUGUUGGCGCUGAGAAAAGAAGGCGAGGAUGUUUGGAGUACUGAUGUAGCUGUGCCUUUUAGCCGGCUGGCAGACAUCAUCGAGAUCAGCAAGAAGGAGAUGGACGAGCUAGGUCUGUUUGCCAGUAUCCUUGGCCACAUUGGUGAUGGAAACUUCCACGAGAGCAUCAUGUACAACAAAGAAAACGAAAGCGAGCGAGCCAAGGUCGAGGCCUGUGUCAAAAACAUGGUCCGCUUGGCCAUUGAGAUGGAGGGCACCUGCACGGGAGAGCAUGGGGUUGGAUGGGGGAAGAAGGAGAGUCUGCUGUGGGAGGUUGGCUCAGAGACUGUUGGAGUCAUGGCGACUAUCAAAAAGUCGCUUGAUCCGCGAUGGAUUCUGAAUCCAGGAAAGAUCAUGGACGUGCCGUGGGAGCGGAAAGACGACCGCCACGAUGGCUAG